CGACUUCACUCUUUCGACUCGGUGUAAAUUACAGUGCAAUUUUUUCCUGCAGCCCAGACAAUGGUGGAGCGCCAGAUACGGUCGUCAGAACGACCGAGCGAAGUCCGCCCUCUAUGCAAAUGAGGAGCAGCGACAAAAAUAAAACCAGCAAUGUGUUUGAUGCCUAACACCACUUCCACCCUCCACUGAAGCAGCUCCGAUACUCACUUUUGUUUUCUUUCAACUGCUUUUUUUGUUGAAACUUCUGACCGGAAUGGAAUACUUGUUUUGCUCUCUGAAAGCGUGAGGGGGGCGCCUGGCCUGCCAGCAGGGAUGUCCAGAGCCACGAGAUCAACCUCUCGGUCUCGGAGCCACUCCAGGUCCCGGUCACGAUCGCGCUCCGGGUCCCGGUCCACCUCGCGCUCUCGGAGAAGCCAGUCGCGAUCCCGCUCCAGGAGACAUCGUUACAGCUCGAGGUCACGGUCUCGAUCACGGUCCCGGUCAAGAUCUCCGUCGCCACUUUAUAACCGCGACAAGAAAUACCAAAACAGCCGCGAGUUCCGGGGCUACCACCGCGGCUUCCGGAGGCCGUACAACUUCCGAGGCAGAGGACGGGGCUACUUCUCCCGCGGGCGAUACCAGCGCGGCGGCGGCGGCGGCGGCCGCGGUGGGAGGGGCUACAAUCACAACAACAACAACGUCCGUAACCACUGGAAAAAUGAGCGGCAGAACCCGCAAAAGCAGCAAAAGCAACAGCACCAACACCAGUCCCAAGGGCGACCCGGCCCCCAGAAAUUCUCCGGAAGCCCCCCUCCUCCUCCUCCUCCUCCCGGACACUCCCGCCACUCGGAGCGAUCGCUUUCUCCGUCGUCCAGGCAAUCUCAGCAUUCAAACGCUUCCUCUCACAGCUCUUCUCCAAAAGUCCCUUUGGUGGCGAAUCAGAGUUGCGACGCCGUGAAAGAGGAGGAGCUUUUGGCCUCCGAGGAGGCCCAGAAAGACGGGGCGGAUGUGCAGCGAUCGGAGGCAAUCGAUGCGCGAGAAGGUCAAAAUGGCGGCUCAACCGAGGGGGUCUGCAAAGUCCCGGCAGAAUGCAACAGCGGUCCAAAGAAAGCCGGUCCAGAAAAUCCCGCCGUCAAUGUUCCGAGCCACCAAAACUCCCACCAGGCUGCCCUGAAUGACGCCGACAAUGGUGCCCCCUCUUGGCGGCCGGUCUGUAGUGCACCCUGUACCAAUAUCUUGUCACAGGAAGCGCUCGACCAAAUGCUUUCCAGCCUCGGCAUAUUCAAGAGCGAGGAAUUCCCGGACGGAGAUAAAAUGGCCAUCUCUGCCGCCUUCAGAAAGUUUCUGAAGGAGCACGCGAAAAAACCUAAACCCGCGGAGGACGAUCAAGCCCACGCGACUGCCGCCGCUGCGCCGGCACCCGGCGUCGAGCCGCCCUCAAAGCGCCGCACGCAAGAGCCCAACGGCAAAGUGACGUUGAACCAUUUACUCAAGGAUUCGCCUCCUCCGUCCGAUGAGGCGGAGGAAGAGCCGCCCCUCAAGUCACUCAACAACGGCGACCCGGACGAGCCCCCUCCAAAGGCCGCGCGUCGGUCCGGAGAGCCGUUUGACGAGUGCUUUGACGGGCGGCGGCGGCGACGUCCGGCCCCCUCGCGGGGAGCCGACGGUGAAGCCGACGCCCUCGGAGAGGAGAGGUACGCCGCUCGUAAAUCGGCCGCUACGGCUCGGCGGGAAAUGCCCUUUGAAGAACUGGACUGCCAACCCGGCGGAGUGGCCAAACCUCCCUCGGCGCCAUCUCUCAUGCCACUGCCGAGGCGGAGCUCAAACAGGGAGAUGUUUACCUCGGCGGAAGCGGACUCGCCCCCGUUGCCUCUGAGAAAACCUGAGCCCAAGGUGCAUGUCAGAAUGGACUUCCUCGGAGAUGGCUCCAUCGGCGCUUCCGAGAUCUUAGCUCAGGAGCGACAGUUCUCUCAGGACCUGGCGCAGUGGUCAAAGAGGGGCCGGGAGUUCCGCUCCAUCUUUCAACACGUUCAAACCGCUCCGAUGCAGAGGACUCCCUCCGAGCUGUUUGCGCAGCACAUCGUGGCCAUCUUGCACCACGUCGGAGCCCAGCACUUUGCGUCUCCCCGAAUGACUCUGAACGAGCGAUUCACCGUCUACCAAAGACAAGCUGCGGAGAGGGAGAGCGCCAAGUCGAGAAAGAGCCCAGAGAUUCACAGGAGAAUCGACGUCUCGCCGAGCGCUUUUAAGAAACACUCAAAGGUUUUUGAGGCAAUGAAAAGCUCAGAGGAUGGCGCGGACAAGGACGUCGGGGACAAAAGCAAGGGCGACCCAACGGACCUGCGCUUGGAUAUCGAACGCCGGAAGAAGUACUCAAGCGGCGAAAGAGAUUCCAAUCAUCAGGACGGGGGCGCCCAUUCCCCAGACCCCGGUCGAGGGCAGUCGGAGGAAACGUUUUCCAAGAGAUCCAGGAUCAGCGAGAGCAAGUUCUCUCGCUCCAACUCGUCCUCAUCGUCCUCCUCAAAGUCCCACGUGGACGACGUGCCCGAGGCCGCAAACGACGGCUCGAACGGGGCUCGGCUUGCUUCGACUGAGACGCCCGCGGAAAAAGAAACGCGGUGGAGAGAAUGCCGAGUACGAUUUAGCGGAAGGGGCUGGAGGAGGGCCGACUACCAGGGGGACUGCAAUCCAGGCAUGGCGGCGGCGGCCCCCCGAAAUGAGCACUGGGAUCAGGAAUGCGCUCCGAAGAGCAGAACGUACUACUUGCACGACGACAGAGACGGCCGGGUAGAAGGCGCCAAGCGGACGGACAACCCGGAAGGGCGAGGAUGCGGCGCAGCAGGCGGCGGACAGCCCCGCUUCAUCGUCCGGAAGGCCAACAACGCCUGGGGGCCAAACGCACGGGCCCAAGAUCGGUUCCCGGUCAACGGAGAGAAAAGCGGCACGCGGCACGACGCUGCCGAACGGGACCAGAAAGACGGAAACACUUGAGCUUCCUUGACGGGGUUUGCGACGCGCAUCCACUGGAGUAUUCGACAACAAGCGCAGAUUCCGCAGAUGAGACUCGACUCUCACUUGACAGGCACAACACGGUGGAACGCUGUUUUCCACGUCGCUUCCCGGGUGCUCUUUGUUAUGCUUUACGAAAAUGACUGGUGGAUUUUUAAAAAAAAACGUUGUUUGUGCCUUGGAACUUUUCAAAUGACCACCAGGCUUUUAAAACCAAGACUUCAGUCAAGCGAGGGGGGGAAACGCUUCUUCUAGUUCUAGUUGGGAUGAAAAAAAAAAAAAAAGCCAUCCCAUUCGUGCCUUUAAACGAUUAUUAAAUUGUAAGACACUGCA